UUGCAGACUGGUCCAAGAUACAGCAAAUAUUCGUAUACGGCCACAGACACAGAAUCCACUGAAGCAGAAUCUCCUGCACUGCAUGCUGCAGCCGUGGAGAACAUUUUCGUUGGCUUGUGCUUUCUGCUCUUCUUGAUGACACUUCCUCUGUCACUUCUGUUUUCUUUAAAGUUUGUAAGUGAUUUUGAACGGCUGGUUGUGCUCCGGCUCGGUCGAGCUCAAAAAACUCGCGGCCCGGGAGCAACCGUUGUGUUGCCCUGUAUCGAUACGUAUACAAAAGUUGAUUUGCGAGUGAAUGCAUUCAAUGUACCACCCAUGCAAAUAAUAACCAUCGAUCGUGGCAUUGUAGAGCUUGGAGCCACCGUUUUUCUGAAAGUAAAGGACGCGUUGGCUGCAGUAUGCGCCGUGAAAGAGCGAAACCAAUCGACUCGUACCUUGGCUGUUGCAACACUGCAUCGUCUGGCAUGCAAGCAACGAGCUGCGGAUCUUGCUUCCACAACUGGCCGUAUGCAGCUUUCCAAUGGUCUUCAGGUUGAACUUGAUGCGUUAACAGGAGCGUGGGGAGUUGAAAUCACGAAGGUAGAAGUGUCGGAAGUGAAGGUAAUCAAAGAAGGCGAAAAUAUUGCUUUAGCUACUUUUAAUAAGGUCUUAAAGUCCGAACUUGGUUCGAAGAUUAUUGAAACAAUAACGAACACCGCACAAGAAUUUGUACUGCAACAACAAAGGGAACAGGAGGAACGAUCGGAAACUGACAAAGAGGAAGGAACGGUAAAUUUAUCUGGAGGUGAACUGCAUAAGAACGUCGGGCAAGAACGUGUUUCAGAUGACUGUUUGAAGGAUUUCGAUAUUGACCGUUUACUUUGUUCCUUAGCAAUGGUUAUUGAUGAGCGCUUGGUCGCCGCUGUCGGGCACAUCUUUCAAGUGAACUGCACAGACUUCGGUGAUUUUUAUGUAGAUCUAAAAAACGGUUCUGGGGACUGCUGCAAAGGCGCGAAUCCGAUGGCUGAUGUAACGUUUUGUUUGAAUCGUGCACUGCUCAGCGAAAUCAUCACAAAGAGGGUGACACCAAUGCAGGCUUACUUAAAUGGCUCGUUACGAAUACGUGGCUCAUUUAAAAUUGCCAUCAAGCUAGCACUACUUUCCGAUCGCCUCAACUGCUUGCUCUGA